AUGCGGGCGAGGAUACGAGACGAGCGCCCUGCCUGGCGUGGCGGCCAGGGGCGGCUUGGCCGGCAGCGCACAGGCCUCGCCGUGGCCGCGUGCGCAGCGCUCUCCGUCGGUGCGCUGGCACCGCGGCUGCUGCUGGUGCAGCGCCCGCCCGCGCGGGGUGGAUCCUGGACGCGGCCGGCGCGUGUUCGCGGCGUUGUCGGGAGGCUGGCGCUGCAGGACGAGUCCGCCGCCUACGCCGCAAGGGCGGAGGCUGCGAGGAAGGGGCAGCAGGCUUUCAUCCCUGAUGAGGUUGGGCAGAGUUCGAACGAGGUUGGCUUCGAGCAGCUGUGCACCAGGUGGAACCGAGAGGAGGCCGAGGCCGUUCAGAUAUCGAAGCGUACGCUGCAGAGCCCAGACACCACGGUGCAGCAGAAGCUCAGGGCGGUGGACGAGUUGGAGUACUGGGCCAUCAGGAGGGGCGGCUACGACGCUGAGAUCGUGCUGAUCGGAACCCUAAAGUCGGCUGACAGGCAGCUGGCGGGCCAGGCCCACGUGGCGCUGAAGAAGACCUGGAACCACCACUUCAACGCGUGGGUGAACAGCGCGAUUGGCACUGCGAAGUCCCAGAUGAACGAUGGGCACCCCGAAAAAGCCAUCCAGUGCUUCGACAAGGUGAUCUUCCAGAACCCCCUGUGGGGUGAGGGCUACCACCUGCGGGCGAAGUGCUACAACCAGCUCGGCGACGUGAACCAGACGUUCCGCGACCUCAGAUCGGCCCUGGAGUUUUGCCCGAACAACUACGUGACGAUGGUAGAGUUGGCUCUUGCGCUUAUCGACAAGAAGCAGGCUUACGAGGAGGCUUCGGAGCUCCUGCAGCAGGCCUGGGACCUCUGCCCGCUUCUCCCGAUCGACGCGUUCUCGGCCACGCUCUACGCGAAGGCGCCCCACCUGCGUCCGAAGGCCCCGCUGGCGAGCGACGAGGUCAGCAUCGAGGACGUGCCCGAGCGUCUGCUUCCCGGCUUCUGGGUCGAGAGGGCGGAGGCAACCGAGAGGCCGAACCAGGCGUUCCUCAGGCUGGGGGCCGAGCUGGAGCAGUGGUUCCAGAAGCUGCUGCAGCAGAACCCCACCAGGGCGCAGCAGCGCAAGCUGUGGAGCGUGCUGGUCAUCAAGUGGGACCCGGACAAGUUUCCGCGGCCGCUUCGGUCCUUCACCACGCAGGUGCACGAGCUGCUCAAGGCGAGGCGCGAGCGCGAGUUGUCCCAUGUCCGGAGGCGCGGAAAGGACAAGCACGAGGUGUGGGCAGCGGCGGUGGACCCGUACGCAGAGGGCGAUUCCGACGACGAGGAGGAGGUGGAGGAGGAGGUGGACGGGGACGACGCCAGAUCGUUCCUCAGGCGCCUCCGCGCCGAGCGCCGCAAGGCCGCCCAGCCCGCGCGGUGA